AUGGCGCGCCGCCGUACCAGGGCCAAGGAGCCCGACCCCGUGGAGGCGGAAGAGCAUGCCCGCGUGCACGACGACGUCCCAGAGCCUGAACCAGAACCAGAGCCCGCGGCCGAGACCGAGGCUGAGCCAGCUGGCGACGAUCGAGACCAAGACGACGACAUGGCGCAGCGCAGUCUUGAGUUCGACGACGAGCUAUCCUGGCGGCCCGCGAAGCCUAUCCCCAGCGCUACCCUCCUAGAUCGUCUCGAGAGGCUGUCCAAGGAGCUCGCCGACUUCGAUCAGGGGGGCGUAAAAUUGGACUCGCUCAAACAUGUUGCCACGAGCCUGGCGCAUCGCAACCUGCUGCAGCACAAGGACCGAGGUGUCAAGGCCUAUACCGCCUGUUGUUUGGUCGACAUCUUGCGUCUAUUUGUACCGGAAGCGCCAUUCACAGAUGAUCAACUCAAGGCCAUCUUCACUCUGUUCAUCAAGGACAUUUUACCAGCGCUUUUCGAUCCUUCAAACCCUUACAACAGCCAGCACAAAUAUGUCUUGAUGUCUCUGUCUGAAGUGAAAAGCAUCAUGCUUCUUUCUGAAAUUCACGGUGCCGACGACCUCUUGUUGCGACUGUUCAACUCAGCCUUUGAUGGUGUGUCGACAAGCUCCCAGGCCUCCAAUGAGGAACAGAUUGCCAAGGACAUCGAGAUUUGUCUCACCGAUAUGCUCGUCGAGGUCAUUGACGAAUCCUCUGGCAGCAUACCCGCGACGAUCAUCGACGCCAUCAUCAGCCAAUUCCUCAGAGCCGCGCCACCUGGAGGUGGUCGCAACAAGGAACAAAAUGGUAAACAGGCUACCUUGCUGCAUAAAACCGAGCCCGCGGCCUACGUCAUGGCCAAGAACAUCUGCAAUGGAUGCGCCGACAAAAUGUCUCGAUAUGUCAGCCAGUACUUUAGCGACGUCAUUCUCAAUGCCUCAAGAUUUGCGACCAAGAGCAACGGCUUCCGCCACGGGGAGGAGUCUGACGAGGAAGACAAUCAUUCUGGUCCGUCAGAGGCGGAUUUGAAAAGCCUCCGGCAGGCUCACAUGCUGAUCCGAGAACUUUGGCGAGCUGCUCCCGCCAUCCUACAAAAUGUUGUUCCCCAGCUCGACGCCGAGUUGUCGGCCGAUAAUGUUCACCUGCGACUGAUAGCAACGGAGGCAUUUGGAGACAUGAUCUCGGGCAUUGGAGCAGCAGGACCGCCCCCCACUCCCGUACUCGACCCUGCAGCUUACCCCCCUCUCCGCCUGAUGGAUGAUGCAAUUGGUACUCCUCCGGUCAUUGACACGGAAACCAAUGCAUUGACGAGACCAUACUCGCCGCAGUCAUUUGCUCAAACUCAUCACGCCACCUAUCGCAACUUUGUUGGCAGAAAGAACGACAAAGCAGGAACAAUCCGAGCUGCGUGGGUUACCGCUGCCGGUUACAUCCUGUCUACUUCUGCCGGGGGAAUUGGUCUGAGCAGGGAAGAGGAAACAGAGCUGAUCAAGGGCCUGGUGGACAAGCUUAAUGACAGUGAAGAAAAAGUGCGCCUAGCCGCCGUCAAGGCCAUUGAGCUUUUCAACUUCCGCGACGUCAUUCUGAAGCUCGGUGUGGCCGGCGGAGUCGAGAAAGAAGGGUCUAUAUUCGCCAGCUUGGCUGACCGCUGCCGCGACAGAAAGCCAGCGGUCCGCGUCGAUGCCAUGGUCUUGCUCGGAAAGCUGUGGGCAGUCGGGGCGGGAGAAAUUGCAGACGGUCAGGAGGCAGUGACUGCGUGCCUGUCCGGCGUGCCGACUCGCAUCAUAAACGCAUUCUAUGCCAAUGACCCUGACCUCAACGUCCUCCUCGACCGAGUCCUAUUCGAGUGUCUGAUCCCACUGAAGUUUCCGCUGGUCAAAGGCAAGGGCGCCAAGGGCGCCAGCGGCUCUCAGGGCAAGGGUGCUGUCACUGCCGCGGACCAGGACAAGAUUCGAGCUGAAAGAGUUCUGCUUAUGCUAAAGUCUCUGGAUGUGCCCGCCCAAAAGGCCUUUUUCGCCAUGCAGGCCCGUCAACCACAGUUCGCAAAGGGCGUUGGUAUCUUUAUCCAACAAUGCGAGGCAUAUAACGGAGGCGUCAUCGACGCGAAUGAGGACAAGGUGAAGACCAGUCUGUCCAAAACGUUCCAGUGGAUAGGUGGAUUUUUCCCAGAUCCAUUGAAGGUUCGUGGGGAUUUGCAGAAGUUUGCUAAACUCAACGACCGUCGAAGUUAUCAGUUGGUCAAGUACGCGAUUGAAUCUGAGAGCGACUUCAAGACUGUGAGACGAGCCAUCAGUGAGCUCAUUACCAAGCUCCAGGGGACACCUGCAGCUGUCUGCCUAGAUACGCUCAUUCCACUGCUCUAUCGAUCAAGUUGCCUCAUGUUUAAUCGAAGCCAUCUUGCUACAAUCAUGGACUAUUCCAAGAGUGACAAGGGCGGCUUUGCUGCCGUUGCCCACCUGGUACUCAAUGACAUAUCGCAGCGAAAUCCCGACAUUUUCAAGGCACAUGCUGAGGACCUGCGGCGUGAAAUCAUCGAACACACCCCGAGUGACAAGAAAACCAAUGACCCGGGUGUUGUUGAUAUUCUCAAGGCGUAUUCGUCUUAUGCGAAGAAGUAUCCCAAGGAUAUCAACCAUGAUCGCAGUUUUACACAGACGCUAACGAGCUAUGCUCUAUACGCGUCCCCGCCUAGAGCUGCGAAAUAUGCAGUCAAUAUUCUCUUGGCCAAGGGAGAUGACAAGAGCAAAGUUACAGCUACAAAUUUGUUGAGGAGUAUCAUGAAGGGCCUGGAAUAUGGCUCACCGCACUUCUUGGCUAGGCUGGCGUCCAUAUCGCAACUUGAACGGCUCGCACCCUCUGUAACGGCUGACUCGGAUGAGGCCAUUCGUGAUUUAACGAUCAACCAGAUACUCCGCCAAGUGCGGACAGAUGCUACAGAGAAGGAUCCGUCGUGGGUAGAUGACGCGGAUAUGAACGAGGAGCUGCAAGCCAAAUGCCUGGCGUUAAGGAUUCUGGUAAACCAGGCUCUUGCCGCCGAGAAGGAGCCCAAUGCCGAAGACCGUGUCAAAGCUGUGUUCAAGCUUCUCAAGACAUUUGUCGUCACCGAAGGCGAGUUUUGCAAAGUCAAGGACACCCCUUUGCACCACAGGAAACGUCUUCGGCUGCUCGCUGGUCUGUUGAUGCUGAAACUCUGCACCGUCAAGGCGUACGAUGAGAGGCUGGAGCCUCCAAGCUUUAACAAGAUGGCAGAGCUGGUACAAGACAGUGAACUCCAGGUUCGCAGACGCUUCAUGGAAAAGCUGCAGAACUACCUCACUCGCGGCAAGCUCAGGCCCAGAUUCCACACCAUCUUGUUCUUGGUCGCAUUCGAGCCUGCAUCAGACCUUAAAAACCGAGUUGAAACUUGGAUACGAUCGAGAGCUCGAUAUUACGAGGAGAACAAGCAAAAGGUAAUGGAAGCUCUAAUGGGCCGGUUAAUACCUUUGCUUGCUCACCAUCCCGACUUCAGCGCUGAACUGGACGACUUGGUUGACUUUGCAAACUACUUCUUGUUCUACCUCAACACCGUUGCGACCGAGGACAACAUUUCAUUGAUUUACAGAUACACGGAGAGAGUCAAGCAGGUGCAGGACGGCAUCAACCCCAAAGCUAGCGAUAACCUGUACGUGCUUAGUGAUCUCGCCUCGGCGGUGAUCCGCAAGUAUCAGGAGAGAAAGAAUUGGAUCUUCCAAGCCCAUCCUGACAAGGUCGGCAUUCCAUCCGGGUUGUAUACUAAUCUGCCGUCUGCCGAGGUGGCGCAGCAGAUUGCAAAGAAGCUGUAUAUCCCUGAUGAGAUUGACGAAAGGCUGGAUGAUUUACUUCGUGCAAUGGACCGCAAGAAAGUGAGUUCCUCAUCAACGUCGCUGGCAAACACUCAAUCUGCACCCGCCCCUGCCCAGCGCAGCAAGAAUACUAACGGAGUAAACCAGAAACGCAAGUCUCUUCACGAACACGGUGAACCGCCAGCAAAGCGACCCAGGACUCAGGUCAAGACAGUCGUCAGGGAGAAAUCGAAAGCCAAAACACUACCAUCCAAAAAGAGUGCCAAGCCCAAGAGAGAUUCUAAGCCCAAGAAGCAGAAGGAAGAGGAGUCGAUUGUCCCGUCUGAGCGGCGUCGCAGUGGUCGCGCCCACAAGGUAUCAGACUACAAGGAGCGAGCUGACGAGGACGAUGAGGAAGAAAUGCUGGAGGGGGUGGCAGAGUGGGACUAUGGCGAGGCGGACUCGGACGGGGGAGGAAGUGAAAGUGACGAGAGCUCAGAGCUGUCCGAUGACGAUGGUGCUGAAUCCGUGAACCAAGAGGCUGAGGGAGAGGAAAAGGAAGAGGCGGAGGCGGAGGCGGCGGAGGCUCCGGCCAAGCGCAAAGGCUCCAAGGUAUCCUCCUCACCAAAGGGCAAGGCGUCUGUCAAGGCUAGCGUCCUGGCUAAGCUAGAUCGCACAUCAAGAACGAGAGGGCGAGGCGGACGUGCGGCAAGGGAUGAUUCCGAGAUGGAAGUGGACGAAUAA